ACCGCCGGUAGGUUCGCAGACAAAGGAGUAACAGGAACGAGCUCUCGCUAUGUUUAAAGGCGGGCUGCAAGGAAAGACAGAUUGCCUUUCUCACCACCUCCCGCUAUACUUUCUUAAAGGCUCCUCGUCAGAUAAUAAUGGUUGGACGGAUCCUGCGUUUUGCUGCUGCUGCUACGUCACCGGCCAACAUCUGUCUUGGAAGGGUAGGAAUGAUGGCUUCCGUGAUGGGCGGGAUUUGAAAGCUGGUCUUUUUUUAAAAGCCACUAAAUUCAUGUGAAGGCAUUGCAAAAGCGGAGGCUUCUGUACCAAGCCAAAUGCAGCAGCAUCAAGACCACCAACAGCUAUGACAUCUCCAUCUCUAUGAAACGUGCCUUCUCUGCAGACCAUGGGAGGGAUCAUGUGCGGUGCUGCAAAAGGAGACUUGAUUUAUUCUAUUUCCAUCAUCUUUCUUUGGCUGAGGCAGUUGCCGGCUGAGGAGUCAGACUGGGCAGGGACAUGGAAUGCAGUCCACUCCCAGGUGCACCAUGAAAUCAUAAUACCUCAGUGGCGAUCAGAUGGAAGCUCUGGCAAUGAUAAGCACCCACCCAGAGCGGAAGUAGAAAUAACAGCUGAAGGAAGAAACUUCAUCUUGGAUGUUGAGAAGAAUGAGCACCUCUUUGCACCAGGCUAUACUGAAACGCAUUAUACUAAGAGCGGAACUCCCCGCACUGUGACUUUGAACAACACGGAUCAUUGCUUUUAUCAUGGUACUGUGAGAGAGGUAGAAGACUCAAGUGUGGCACUCAGCAUAUGCAAUGGUCUACGUGGCCUUAUAGUACUGAGCAACAACCUUAGUUAUAUCUUGGAACCACUGCCUCAUAGCCAAGAGCAACACUUGAUCUACAGGUCUGAACAUCUCAAGGUUGCCAGGGGUACCUGUGGAAACCAGCAUUCAGGAUCAAAGGCUAUGGAUUGGCUUGGAGAGUUGACAAGCCCAGCCGGGUACAGUUAUCGCAGGGUAAAGAGGGACGAUCAACAGUCUAUGAAAUAUGUGGAGCUCCUUCUAGUGGCUGAUUAUGCAGAGUUUCAGAAGCAUAAUUAUGAUCUUCAAGCAACCAAAAAUAAGUUACUGGAGGCUGCCAAUUAUGUAGAUAAGUUUUACAAAUCUCUGAACAUACGGGUUGCUCUGGUUGGGCUUGAGGUUUGGAAUGACCACAAUAAGUGUGACAUCUCUGAGAACCCACAUUCGACCCUGUGGUCCUUUCUUGCUUGGAGGCGUAAGCUGCUUAUGUACAAAAAGCACGACAAUGCCCAGCUAAUCACUGGGAUGUCCUUCCACGGUACUACAAUUGGCUUGGCCCCCUUGAUGGCCAUGUGUUCUGUCUACCAGUCUGGAGGAGUGAAUAUGGAUCACUCUGAAAAUGCCAUAGGAGUUGCUGCCACCAUGGCCCAUGAGAUGGGGCAUAACUUUGGCAUGAGCCACGAUUCGGCUGGCUGCUGUACGGCCAGCGCUAGAGAUGGAGGUUGCAUCAUGGCUGCUGCGACAGGGCACCCAUUCCCCAGGGUAUUCAACAGAUGCAAUAUGAAGGAGCUGGACAGGUACCUGCAGUCUGGUGGAGGGAUGUGUCUUUACAAUAUGCCAGAUACCAAGACCUUAUACGGAGGACAGAGAUGCGGAAAUGGCUACCUGGAGGAAGGGGAAGAGUGUGAUUGUGGAGAAGAAGAGGAAUGUAAUAAUCCUUGUUGCAAUGCCUCUAAUUGCUCUCUGAAGCCUGGUGCUGAGUGUGCCCAUGGAGCUUGCUGUCACCUCUGCAAGUUGAUGUCACCGGGGACUCCUUGCCGGGAACAAGCCAGACCUUGUGACCUGCCAGAAUACUGCACAGGCAAAUCCCCGUUCUGCCCUGCAAACUUCUACCAACUGGAUGGCACUCCUUGUGCGAGUGGCAGGGCGUAUUGCUACAGCGGAAUGUGCCUCACAUAUGAACAGCAGUGCUUGCAGCUCUGGGGAUAUGGAGCAAGGCCAGCACCUGACAUCUGCUUUGAGAGGGUUAAUGCUGCUGGCGAUUCCUAUGGGAACUGUGGGAAGGAUACCAAUGGCCGAUACAGGAAGUGCAACUUAAGAGAUGCUAAGUGUGGCAAGAUACAGUGCCAAAGUUCAGCUUCCAAGCCUUUGGAGUCCAAUGCUGUUGCAAUUGACACGACUAUCACAUUAGAUGGAAGGAACAUAUUCUGUCGUGGGACUCAUGUAUACCGAAAUGAAGAUGAAGGUGACAUGUUAGACCCGGGCCUUGUGAUGGCAGGAACAAAGUGUGGUGACAGUCAUAUUUGCUUUGAGGGGCGCUGUAGAAACACCUCCUUCUUUGACACUGGAGACUGUGGGAAGAAGUGCAAUGGCCAUGGAAUUUGCAACAACAACCAGAACUGCCAUUGUUUCAGUGGAUGGGCACCUCCGUUUUGCAAUAAACCUGGGAAUGGAGGAAGCCUGGACAGUGGGCCCAUGCCUCAAAAAAGUCCUUUCCCAAUUAUAAUAGGAGUCCUUUCCAUCUUGCUUUUGAUGACAAUUGGAGUUGCUUUUUGCUGCUAUAAAUGGAGAGCCAGGCUUGUGCCACUAAAGCAGGCUUUCAUUCCUCCAAAGAAAAUGCAGCAGUUCAGUACCUCUCCUCCCAUUCAGAGUGGUGUGACUGGGCAUGCCAACCCAGCCUUCAAGCUGAAAACCCCCCAGGAACAGAGAAAGGCUAUUGGCAUACAGAAUAUCCCUGCAAAGCCUGAAGUGCUCUACUGUGAACCACCUCCAGAGCUCAAAAUUCAUGCGCAACCACCACCACCACCUCCUCCUCCUCCUGCUCUCCCAGCUAACACAAAGAAACUUCCCUUUCUUGGGUAUCAGAGUGAGGCAAAUAAUUUCCCCAAGCGAACUCCUCCAAGCAGGCCAGCACCACCAGCACCAAAAGUCAUUGUUUCUCAGGAUUCUUCCAGACCACGGCCACCUCAGAAAGCUCUUCCUGCUAAUCCAGUUCCUGCCAGCAACAGAGCUGGGUUGCCCAGGAUGAAUGCAGCAGUACCACCCGCCUACAGUGCUGUAAGGAAUACAGGAGUACACCAGGAGAAUUCAUUCAUGAAAAAUCCUGAAGCUGUGAAUACCCUGAAAUUUAGACAUUGAAGGUCAUCUUGCAACUCUGAACUCCACACCGGUUCCUCCUGCUUUGACCUGGGAUUCCCACGGGCUUUGUUUCUGUGGGGAAGACGACAUGCUGGGCAUGUGCAAAUCUCAACUUCCUCCCCACCCACCAGCCUCAUAUGACUAGCCGAGACCAAUUUCAGCUCUGGUUUUAGCAACCUUGGCACAGGUCGAUGCCAUACCCUUGGACGUCAGUGGGGAUUCUAUCCAUGCAUGCCAAGGUUAAUGUGACCUGCUUUGCCUUUUGGAUAUUUGUUCAUUACAGGAGUUACUUGUUUAAAAUAGCACUGGUGUGUUAUAGUGCAAUAUGCAAUGUGCUGGAACGGAAGUGGGAGAAGCCUCUGUAGAAGACAAAUGUAUUUUAGUCAACACCGAGCCACUGCAUCCUUCUCAGCGUUUCCAGCUUUGUUACAACCACAGACAAUCCUUUGGGGAAGAGAAUGUUGGGAUGCCCCUGUUAUGACCUCAUCUCCUCCAAAGUACUGUAUGGAGACGUAGUCUGAUCUUGUGGAAUUUUGCCACAUACUGACUAUAUUUAUUCCCUCUUUUAAGGAAUCUCCCAGGGUUCAGUGCUUUACCUUUGCCCUCUUACACUGUCACCUUCUUAGCCCAAAGUUUUUCUGGUCAAUAGGUUCAAGGUUUGAAUCAACCGCCAUCAACCUUUAAAGUCUACUCCAUCCUGUUUGCAUGUGGCAUCUUAAUUAUAGGUUCUGCCCAGCAGCACAGAAUGCAAGGCGGGUUUUGUGUGGCGGCACACUGUUCCCAUGACAACCUAAAAGAAAUGUACUCUACCAAUCAACCAAAUAUUAGCAAGGCAUUUUAAGGGUUUCCUACAAUUAAUUGCAGUUAGUUAUCUGUUUUUGCAUGCUAUAUCUUGUUGAUAUAAUCAAGUACACUCCGCUUAGUUUUUGUCUAUUUAUGUUUCAUUUGGAUUGGGCUUGCUCACUCAGGAAAUUGGCACCACUAAUUUACCUGAGGAUAGUUAUCCUAUCCUGAUGUGAUUAUCUUGAUUGAGAGCUUACACUCAACACUAUCAAGCUAAGGCUUUGGCCUAUAGCUGGUGGGCAGGGUUGAGUACCAUAGUCCUAAAUUAAUACAAGCCAGCCUUCCCCAACCUGGGCCCCCCUGAUGUUUCGGACUACAACUCCUAUCAACCCCUAACUAGGGUUGUUUGGGAGUUAAGGUCCAAAACAUCCUGGGUGCACCAGGUUUGAGAAGGCUGAUCGAAACCAACAUUGAGUAAUUUGGAAAUAACCCUUGGUUAAAUCUCGGUGUAAUUGGAAUUCCCAUUUGGGGCUGGUGUAAAAUGGAUUAACUAUGGCAAAUUUACAAUGUGAUCAAGCCCUCGGACAAGGUACUACAGGUGCCAUAAUCCUAAUACUGUUUUCCUAUUACUACAGUGGUUUGCUGCAUCUCACUUGAUUCAACAAAAAAUCAUAGGCUGUGUGCCUUCUUUCUAUCCUCUGUAUUCCAAUUCACCUGUAGGCACCUAUUUGGGUGUCUUAACACAGUUCAGCUGGCUAAAUAGAAAAAAUUAACUCAUGGUGCUUUUACCAUUGGGCAACUGAUUAAACCCCACCUAUUUUAAUACUGUAACUGGACACUAUAGUGCAUAAAUAACCUCAACUUCCAAAUAUGCAGCUGCAACAUUGUUACCAGUCUGAAGCUUUAUGAAUGUUUUCUCAGGUUUUAGGUGUUUUUGGUGCUUUUGUUGCCCGGUGAUAUUUUUCAAUUUGCUUUGCAAAUAUGCUGGUGCUAAAAACGAGGAACUGUUUUGUCUAUUACUAUGAAUGGAUAGGAAACUUGAAUCAAAACUGCCAUAGCCAGUCUUAGAAAUGGAUCUAGGUGCUGUUUAUGCAGAGAGUUUCUGGGUGUUUGGCUGCAGUACAAACUGGUGUUUUUGGUUUUGUUUCUUUCUCUUUUUUUAAAGGCCCUUUAGGCUUGUUUGUCAUCUUUCUAGAUGAGCCAUAACAAUUAUAGCCCCAAAACUCAGCUUGAGUACGCAAAACAAGGUUUCCUAGAAAUUUCCCCAAGUUGUGCACCAGUGAAUCAAGUGGUAUCUUAACUAUGCAUGUACCUACAUUGCUCUCAUGUUACAGAAUAAGCGGUUUAUGCUGUCUGCUGCGUUAUCAAUAACAAUGCACAAGUGGUUUUGAGCACUGCAUUCUUCCCCAAAUCCUCAGGUUGUGCUCAUUACUUUCUUCCAUUUCUAGCACAGAACUGGUGCCACAAAGAACUGUCACUGGAAAUACGAUUAACGCUCCAAAACAUUUUUAGCCUAGUUUCAAAUACCCCAAAUGAAUGGUUGUAUACGCACGAGUGUGUUUUAAACACAUGCCGGCAGCCAUUUAUUUCAAGCCAGAAGGUGUGCAUCUCAGAAAACGUAACAGCAUCCAUCCCGUUCUCUGUCUUUUCAGGUUAAGUCUCAGGCACUCUUAGCAUAAUGGGAUCAGUAAUCUUCCAUUCAGAACUGUCACAGUUGAAGACAAAACAGAUUUGUUCUGCUAACUUAGUACCUCCUGAAGUCAACACCGAGCAAUGCCAUUGGCUUUGCUAGGUCUUGGCUUAUGCUAUCUCAGAAUACUUCGAAGAACAACUCGCUAUCAUUUCAAGGGGGGGAAAUUAUUCAGAGCUGGAAGGUUAUCUUCGUCAAGGCAUUGCCAAAUGUCAAUCAGGGCUUACUUUUAAAAGCUCCACAGGAAAAGAGAUCAGCACUCUGCUUUCCCCUCCCUAAUGCUGCCGAAAUGUGGCUGUAGGCCCUCCAGCCUCACCUGCUGUAGUGUGAAGGUAAAGUUUCCUUGGGUGCUACAAGAGAUGGCAGGGUAGAGAGAUGAUGGUAUGCAGAGGCUACCCCAUGGAAAUAGCCCAGUUUUGCUGAACUUCUUCCUUACAAGGAGUUUUUAAAUAGACACUGUUCAGCUUAGGGAACUGGCACCCCUGCUUCAAACAAGGUUGAUGAGUGCAUCAGAAAUAGUUUUGUACUUUCGCGUAUAUGUUGAAAGGAUAAAUUGGGAGAAGAACAUUGUGGCUGCAGUCCUAUGCUCACUUACCAAGGAAUAAGGCCUUGUGAAUUCAGUGGGACCUACUUCCAAGUAAACACACACAGGGCUGCACUCAGUGUUUAUUAUUAUUAUUAUUAUUAUUAUUAUUAUUAUUAUUAUUAUUAUUAUGGUAGAGCCUCUGCAUCAUGCGUCACCAUUUUAUGUCUCGCAGGUUUACAAUAUGAUCUCUGUGCAUCUAUGCAAAUACUUGAAUAAUGCAGUUUGUUGUG